AGCAAUUCAAACACGUUAAAUCGUACGAUCGGUCAGCCUCUUUUUCCUUCGACCGGCGAGAAAUAGAUUAUAGACUCUAGGCCUACAAAAUGAGUUCUUACGUGCCACCCACCGUCGUAAUUAAUAUAUUUGCAGUUAUUGGUGUUAUUGCAGCUUUGAACAAAAUUCUGAGGGUAUUGUGGUCUAUUUUGAAGAAUGUGAAGACGUUUAUUUUGGCGAGACCGCUUGGCCUAGCGACGGACCCCAAACGGCAUGGAAAAUGGGCGGUUGUGACUGGAGCCACUGAUGGAAUUGGAAAAGCUUAUGCUGAACAGCUUGCAGCCAAGGGUCUUAAUAUCUAUCUGCUGAGCCGCUCUCCAGACAAACUCAAGGAUGUUGCAACACAGAUUGAGCAAAGAUACAAGGUGGAGACGAAGACGUUCGCUGUUGAUUUCACCGGAGGAGGGGACAUCUAUCCAUCGAUCGGAGAUCAGCUGACCGGACUGGACAUUGGAGUCCUGGUAAACAACGUUGGCAUGUCGUACAGUUUCCCCCAGUACUUCUGUGAGCUAGCCGAUGCAGAGAAGUUUCUGCCAAACAUCAUCAACAUCAACUGCCUAUCUGUCGUAAUGAUGACCAACCUUGUUUUGCCUGGUAUGGUUGAAAGGAAGAGGGGUAUUAUCAUCAAUGUAUCAUCGGCGUCAGGCAUGAACCCAAGCCCCAUGCUAACGGUCUACUCUGCUACAAAGGUCUUUGUGGACUUCUUCUCGCGAGGGUUAGACGUUGAAUACCGCUCCAAGGGAAUACAAGUACAGUCUGUAAUGCCGUUCUACGUCACAACCAAACUCAGCAAGCUCAGACGCGAAACCAUGACCAUCCCGAGCCCCACGUCCUAUGUGAAGACCGCCCUCGCGACCUUGGGGUCAGGAAAUCGCACCAAUGGCUGCCUUAUGCACAACCUUCAGGGUUGGGUCGUUGGAUCGGUGCCAGACUGGUUAUUGGACAGCGUUCAGAUGUCCAUCCACAGCGCCAUCCGGAAGGUCAGCCUCAAGAGACUAGCAGAGAAGAAAACCAAAUGAUCGCUACCAAACUUAAAGAGAAGGUUGAGUUCUGGGAAGAGGUGAAACAUAAUUUGUGCGUUAUCAUUGUUAUUAAGAAAGUGUGAAAGAACAACGGAUGAAAAAUGUUCUAAGUACGGCAUGUAACAGCAUAAAAAUUGGGAUAGAUUUUUAUGCCACAUGUUCGUGUAGUCCCAUAUACAUCUUUC